UGUCAAUUAUAAGCAAGUCAAAUUAUGACAAAGAUCGUUUCAAGAAGCCCUAUAUAAAGAAUUUAUCAUAAUUAUAGUAGUUUCGUUUAGUAUAAUUGUUUACGUUAUUUUGUUCUAAGGAUUUUAUUUUAUAAGAAUGUCUUUCCUAUUUUUAAAAAUAUAUUAUGGACCCUGCAAUACGUUUGAUUGCUGCCAACACAAACCCCAAUUGCUAACUGGUGUAAGAGAUCGUCUAAUGAACAUGGGGUUCCGAUUGACCAUGAUACCAGUGAAGUUUAUCAAUUAUUGCAUGUUUGAAAUGUGUGGACACGAAAUAUUCCGCUGUAACCUAAAAAACUUGAAAUUCAACCAUUCGUAUAAGCUAGACCCGGUGUGUCAGAGGGCCGUGGAAGCUGUGUUGUCAUCGGCCAAAAAAUUCCGCUACGCUCGAAACACUCUCUGGUUCUGGAGUGUCCUGAACCAUCAACUGUUUAGAAGGCACGAAUUCGAACCCGUAGACUACUGGCCAGUAGAAAUUGAUUGGACCGAACUGGCACCAAUAAACGAGUGUUUUGAUUGCUGUCAAAUGUUAUUAAAAUAUGAGAAAAAGAAAGAAGAUGAUGAGUCUGACAGUGGCGUAACUAUACCGUUUGAGGCCCGCGGCAAAUUCGUUGGAUGAGCCUCUCUUCCCAAUAUAAAAAAUAAUAGUUCAGAUGAUAAUUUUUCAAAGGGUGACCCGGCUCGGGACCCUUGGCAUUUUGCCGGCUUGCCACCCUAUAGUUACGCCACUGGAGUCUGAUGAAAACGACAA